UGUUUUUUAUGACAUGGUGGAGGGGUAGUAUUCGGCCGGAGCAAAGUCGCUAACGGCGCUAAAUGUGUGGGAUUGAUGCUAGGAAAUUUCUUUUCCUGGGCAGCCGCAGAGAAGAUCAGUCGGAGACCCCGACUCCUACUAACAGGAUGCCAAGCUGUUGGGAGAAGUAGUGUGCUGCGCAAAAUCGGGCUGUUCCAUCUUGGCUUUCCAGCCACUUGGGGGUUUGUCGUUAAGAUGCGGAUGAGGGUGUUUUCGGAAGUGAACUUUGUGGCAACGUGGUGUGUAUUCCAAAGAUUGUCUUGUUCUCGUAUGAUAGACUUGUUGAUAAUAAGGUUUGUCGUGGGCCACCUUGCGCGAUUUCCUCUUACGUAUAGCUUGAUUUCUAAAAUUUGUGCAUCUCUCCGGCGCCAAGAGCGACGACCUUAUUUUAAAAGCCUUUCUAGAGGCAUGGUCCGGAAUUUGGCUCCCGAAUUACACGCGAAUGACCUGAUAGAGGAUAAAGGAAAGUUUGAUUCCUUUCUUCCUCAAAGCGUGAGAAUUAUGAGCAUCGUCAUUCGCCGACAUAACUGAUAUAACAAAUGAUAUAAUCGUGGGACCUUGUUGAGUCCCGAUCCUACCCACGAGCAAGGAGGUGGAAUCUAGCCCAUGGCUAGCCUCUUGAACGAACUUUCCCAGGCGUUAUAGCGCAGACGUAUUGCAGAUCCAUGACGCUAUAUCUCCCUUAAUAGUAUUCUUCAUAAAAGCAUGUUCUAUUUGAAGUCUUGUGGAGUGAAGCCGGUCUUAUCAUGUAGAUAGAGUGACUCAUCUGGUGUCCCAAGAGAGGCACACCGUGGAAUAUAUUCCGCGACUGGGUUUCCCGAUCGCCCGGUAAUUGAUUUCUCCAGGUGUAGGGUGGUUUGCAUGUUAGUAGUAGAUAUGAAACGGAUGAUAGAGCCUCACGGCAU